UGUCAUUUUGCAUUGCAUGCAUGACAUGAAAUCAAUAUCAAUUGGUGGGAUGACAUUUCUAACUCAAUUUCUCUCAUCUUCCAAGUCCUUGGUGUCAAGGACAAAGUACGGUAAGGUAUCCAUGGCUAAGCAAAGGAUGCUUAAUGAGUUAUGCAAAUCAUCUACUGAUGAGAAUGUGAGUCAUUGCUGCUAUGGUCCAGUUGAUAUUCAUGAUCCUUUCCGUCUCCAAGCUAUCAUCGUUGGCCCUUCUGAUACUCCAUUUGAUGGCGGCAUCUUCUUCCUCACUAUCCGUAUUCCACAUGAUUAUCCCUUCAAACCUCCCAAAAUUAAGUUCCGAACUAAGGUAUUCCACCCGAAUGUAGGAAGUGAUGGAACAAUCCAUGUAGACAUACUGAGUAAUAGAUGGACGCCAGCUCUGACAAUCGAGAAAUUGUUGCUGUCAAUAUGCUCUUUUCUUCCAGACCCAAAUCAUAAAAAAGACUCUUGCAAUUCAGUGUGUGAUCUCUACUGGAAUCACAGGAAGCGUUAUAACAAGAUUGCCAGGGAAUGGACCCACAAAUAUGCGAUGAUCUGAGUAACGUACUAGCCUUCAAUCAAUUGAUUCUGGUAUGUUACUACUUAAAUAAUACUGGUUUCUGUCAAUUGUAUUAGAAUGCUCAGGACUUCCUAUGUAUAACUAUCUAUAUGCAACUAGUAACUGAUCUAUCAUCUAUACUAGUUGAGCUUAUUGUUAGCACUUAGCAGUUGGGUGCUAUACAGUACAUAUUGUCUAAUUUGUUGGUCGAACACAUAAGAUAUAUACGUCCUUGUUCUGUUUUAAUUAUAAGGAACAAAUUAGUAUUAAG